AUGGGUACUUGUGAAUCAGAUAUUUACAAUCCAAAUGAAAGUAAACAAGAUUCUGAUGAAGAAUACAUUGAAACGGAUUUUAUGCAGUAUGUUGUAUUGGCCAAUUGGAAACCAGAUGAAAAUGAUGGAUCUAAUUCUAUUAAUUAGUUAAAUUUUGGCAAAAAGAAUCCAGAUUAUGUAAAAGGACAUAAUUAAUUCAACUUACAUCAAGGCUCUAUCUAAUAAUCAAGAAUAUCUUAAAUAAAUAAUUUAGAAAAUAGUCAUUCACCAAAUAUACAUAAUGCUAAUCCUAAACCUUUUCAUUAAUCUGAAUAAAAAUUUAGUGCUUCAACCUUAGCUUUUAGUAGAUAUACUGAAAUUAACAAAUCAAACGUCUAAUUCUUAGAAUAAAGUCCAUUUAAAUAACCAUUUAAUAAUUAAUUUGAAAUUUAAAGUCAUCAUAAAUGA